UCUAUUCUUAGAUAUUCUUAUUAAACGAUUUGAAAUGGAAAGUUUUUUUCAAUUCCUUAUGGUUUCUCUAAUACCAUUCCAAAAUCUUACAUCAGCACAAUUAUCAGCGAACAACAGCAACGAAGACAUUCCAUCAUGUCCUCCAGCCUUGUGUUCUAAAACUCCCCCACAUGAACGCUGUUCAUGCCACCAGGACUGUUUCCUCUACAAUGAAUGUUGUUCUGACAUGAGUAAUAACACCACAUCUGAACACAAAGAACCCUAUCCAUCAAUAUAUUACAGUUGUAGAAAGGCUAAUGACUCUUAUUAUUAUCAGUUUGACCGCUGUCCUCCCAACCAUGACAUUACGGAGUUUGUAAGCAACUGUGAAAAUCCUAACUCAGAGGAUCAACUGCAAAACAUACCUGCUUUUGGUAAAACAAGUAAAAAAUUAUAUAGGAACUUAUAUUGUGCCUUGUGUCAUGGAGAAGAAUUCAUUUUAUGGAAUCUCAGGUUUGACUGCCAUGAAAGUGGAAAUGUAAACCUUGAAAAGCUAUCAGAUUUUGUCGAAGAUCAUAUGUGCAAUAAAAAGUUAGAAAUUCCCUCAAAGGAUUUAGAUCAAUAUCUCUUUCCUUGCAAUCCAUAUAUUUCUAGAUGUCCUGAACAUAACAAUUAUACGGAGCUCGAAGUUGCAUGCGAAUAUGAGCCCAUGGCGUUAGUAGAAAGUGACUCAAAAUUAUUCAGAAACAGUCAUUGUGUUGCAUGUCAUGGACUUAAAGAAAUUUAUGAUUGGUGUAAAAAGAGAGGGGCUGUAAACGAUUUUAUACAACUGCCUUCAUUAAGUAUCCUUUUCGAUUAUCGUACCAAUGUAUUUGUAAUAUAUGAUAUGAAGUCCAGCAACCGAAAUGUUGAGAAAUUGCCCUCUUGUCUAAAAAACUCCGUCUUUGAUAUAAAUACACAGCAAUGUCGACAAGUUGUCUAUAAUUCUCCAUUAAACUGUACGGCAACAAGAUUGAACAAAUCUGAGUAUUACAUCACUAAUGAUGGUCGUCUCUACUUAAAUAAUACCCAACGUUUGCUGAACCAAUCAGAAUUCAUUCAAGAUUCUGACGGUAUAAUAAGUAUCUGUAUAAAGAAUGGUAGCAGUGGUAUAUCAAAAUAUUCCAUUGCUGAGGGCUAUAUCACAUUAGUAGGACUAAUAAUCUCUAUUCCAGCUCUAGCAAUCACCAUUAUAGUCUAUCUCUGUAUACCUGAUCUCUGUACCUUACCAGGUAAAUUACUCAUUAGUCUUUUGUCAGCACUGUUUGUAGCUGAGCUUCUCUUUCUUAUCUCAUCACAAGUCACUAAAUCUACAGUGCUAUGUACAUCUUUAGCUAUUAUGAUGCAUUAUUUGUUUUUAGCAACUUUCUUCUGGAUGAAUGUCAUGUCAUUUGAUGCCUGGUACACUUUCUCAGGAUUUAAACAACUUCGGAGUUCAGGAAAAGGUACUAAGAGACUUGUAUUGUAUUCUUUGUAUGGCUGGAUCUGUCCAGUUGUAAUUGUAACUAUUUCACUGAUAUUUGAGUACACACCUGGAAAUCAUGGACUUUCUCCGGAAUAUGGAAAUGGUGUUUGCUGGAUUACAAACGGAAAAGGUCUGCUGUGGCUAUUUGCAACCCCUGUAAUGAUUAUUUUAUGUCUUAAUAUAUUGGCAUUUAUCCUUACCUCUAGAGGGCUAUAUAUGGCCAGGAAAUUUUCAUCGAAAUAUUUACGUAAACGCAAUAAACUGGAAUUCCUCAUUUACAUAAAACUCUGCUUCGUCAUGGGACUAACAUGGAUAUUCGCAUUCUUCUAUACAUUUACAAGAAUUGAUGAAUUUUCUCUAUUAUUUUGUAUUUUAAACUCAUUUACUGGACUGUUCAUUUGCCUCUCGUUCCUCCUCACGAAAAUCGUCUGCCGUAGACUGCUGAAAAAAAUGCAUAAGUUUCAAAAGCGCCCUCCUACCAGAUCCAUGGCUUUAUCUUCAACUUCCUCUAAAACACUAAUGACGGACACAUUUAGUCAGAUUCCUCAGACUGAGCUCUCUAUCAAGUUGGACACUGCGCUCAACACUGUCGAUAUCAAGGAUGACACAGAAUUAUCUUGGAAGGUUAUGCGUGAUGCAAUCCACUCUGCAUCUGUAGAGGUUCUUGGACUUCCUGUUUGUAGAUAUCAAGAUUGGUUCAACGAUAACAACACAGAUGUCCAACAGUUGAUAGAUAAAAUGCACAGCUCUCAGAGAACUUGGAUAAAUGAUAAGAGCUCAUCCAGAAAAAAGAAUGCCUACAAGAAAUGCAGAGGCCAGGUCCAACAUUCUCGGAGACAGAUGAAGGAGGCUUGGUGGUCUUUCAAGGCUACUGAACUCCAAGAAACUACAGACAGAAAGGAUUCUAAAGCCUUUUAUGAUGGCCUCAAGAAAGUGAUCAUCAAAGACGUUGUAAAUGAUAUCUAUCCAGAAUCACAGUGCGGGUUUCGCUCUGGUCGUGGCACUAUCGACAUGAUCUUCUCCCUCCGACAGGUCAUGGAGAAGACACGUGCGAAAAAUCAAGAGUUGUUCUUGAUAUUCGUUGACCAUACUAAGACCUUCGACACUAUUAACCAGCAAGCACUAUGGAAAGUUCUGAAAAAGCUUGGUAUACCUGACAAGAUGUUGAAUGGUUUGGUAGUUGAUCCUGAGCGUCAGUUCCGGGAAUAUCCCUGGUUUAACUUGCUACAGGUUCUUGACGAAGUUGGUCCUGAUUUAAAGACUUUUCGAGCUCAGUGUCAGAACCUAAGAAUUCGGUUUUUGACGAAUCAGAAAGGCUUUGUACUACACGAUUCGAAGCAGAUGGGUGCAGUAUCUCGCUCAACAGUUUGGGGUGGUUGGCUGGUUGGAGAUGGAAUGGACUUUACCGACUACCUCGACAACCUCCCACGGCUCUCAGCGAGAAAUCCAGAAUUCUGCGAUAGGCUGAUAACAGCCGAUGAAAUUCAGGAAGUGAUGGUAGCUGCACAAAAAGUUGCGGAGGGUGGAUGCCUUGUUCAGACAAAAAGAUAUUAUAUCUUUGACCGCUGUCCAUCAAAUUACAGUGAUAUAAGUCAUGUGACCAGAUGUGAAUAUCCGAAAAACAAUGAUAGUCUAGACAAUAUUCUUGUGUUCGGUGAAACAACUAAAAGACUCUACAGGAACCGAUAUUGUGCUUUGUGUCACACGGAGAAAUAUAUAUUAUGGAAUAUUGUUUAUGACUGCGUUAAAACAGUAAAUAUAAAUCGUGCCAAUUUAAUGAAUAUGAUUGAAAAUGGUAAAUGUAACAAACGCAAAGCUCCUCCGGAUGAUUUAAAACCUUAUCUGGUUCCUUGCAUACCCAGUGUUAAUAAAUGCUCGCCUCAUAUAUUAAAUAAAACAUUUAAAUAUCAAUGUCCAACUUUCGAAAAGCCACAAUGUACAUCGUCUAAUGAUUAUACUGAUCGAGACAUCUUAUGUUGCAGUGUAUCAACCAGUACAGCACCGAGUCAAAAGAGAUUUCCAUUAACUAUAAUUUUUAAUUAUAAUAUCAAAUAUUUAAUUAUUAAAGCUGAAAAAGACGGUACUGAAACUAAUGCGAAAUUGCCAUUUUGUCCAAAAUACACCAAUUACGAUAAAAACACAAUGCGUUGUCGCACGAAUUUUUAUCACCCUAUCUUAAAUUGUACAGCGACGAGAUUAAAGGACUCCGAAUAUCAUAUCACUAGUGAUGGCCUUCUCUAUUUAAAUACUACCCAACGUUGGCUCAAUCAAUCAGAAUUCAGUGUUGAUGAAGAUGGUUUAAGUAUCUGUGUAAAGAAUGAUAACAAUGAAAUAUCAAAAUAUUCCGAAAUUGAGAGCUAUAUCACAUUAGUGGGACUAGCAAUCUCUGUUCCUGCUCUAGCAGUUACUAUUCUAGUUUAUCUCUGUAUACCUGAUCUCCGUACCUUACCAGGUAAAUUACUCAUUAGUCUUUCAUCAGCACUGUUUGUAGCUGAUCUUCUCUUUCUUAUCUCAACAAAAGUCACUACAUCUACAGUGCUGUGUAAGUCUUUAGCUGUUGUAAUGCAUUAUGCGUUUUUAGCGACUUUCUUCUGGACGAAUGUCAUGUCAUUUGAUGCCUGGCACACUUUCUCAGGGAUUACACAACUUCGGAGUUCAGAAAAGGAUACCAAAAGACUUGUAUUAUAUUCCUUAUAUGCUUGGAUCUGUCCACUUGUAAUAGUAUCAGUGUCACUGAUAUUUGAGUACACACCUGGAAAUCAUGGACUUUCUCCAGAAUAUGGAAUUGGUAUUUGCUGGAUUACAAACGUGAACAGUUUGCUUUGGUUCUUCGCAAUCCCUGUAAUCAUUAUUUUAUGUCUGAAUAUUAUAGCGUAUAGCAUCACUAUUAGAGAGUUGUAUUUGGUCAGCAAACUUUCUUCGAAAUAUUUAUCAAAACGAAACAAAAAGGUGUUCCUUAUUUACAUAAAAUUAAGCUUCAUCAUGGGUUUAACGUGGAUGCUCGGAUUCCUUUAUACGUUUACGAAGAUUGACGAAUUUUCUCUACUAUUUUGCAUCUUAAACUCUUUCGUCGGUUUACUCAUUUCUUUGUCAUUUCUCUUAACAAGGAUCGUCUGCCGCAGUUUUCUACAUAUGUUUCUUAAAAUACGAAAAUUUGUCAAUUCCUCAAAUGCUGAUGUUUCGACAAUUAAUGAAACAAUGUCGACCUAUACCCAACAUGAUACGUCACUAAAAUAA